AUGUCAGCCAUCACUCUAACAAAGGAAUCUCACAAGAAUCCUUCUAAAUUCAGAAUCAACUUGAAAGACAGCACUGCUCAGUUGAGCGGCGAAGUUGAUGUCAACUCCAGCGACAAAUUGCCAACAAUUCACACUCACUCAAAGGUUGCAAUUAUUGGUGCAGGUUUCUCUGGUUUGGGUACUGCCAUCAAGACAAUGAAAAGUCUCAAAGAACAAGAUGUUGCCAUUCUUGAAAUGCGUGACAACUUUGGUGGUGUCUGGUACGCCAACACUUACCCAGGUUGUGCUUCUGAUAUCCCAGCUGUUUGGUACUCAUUUUCAUUCGCUUUAACCUCAAACUGGAGUAGAGUGCAGCCUCCACAAUACGAAAUGGAAGAGUAUAUUUUGAGAGUUGCUGAACAAUACAAAUUGAAGGAAAAAACUAGAUUCAACACUUUUGUUGAUGACUGUAUUUAUAACGAAGAGACUGGUUUGUGGACUUUGUACUCUCAUGAUGUCAAGACGGGUCAAAAGAUUGAACACACUGCAAACAUUCUUUUGUCAUGCAGAGGUCACUUGGUUUACCCAAUUCACUUGAAAGAACCAGGUUUGGAAAACUUUAAAGGAAAGUACAUGCAUUCAGCACUUUGGGACCACUCAGUUGAUUUCAAAGGAAAGAAUGUUGUUGUUUUCGGUAACGGUUGUUCUGCAAAUCAAGUUGUUCCAGCGUUGUUGAACGAUCCAAAGUAUAAUCCAGCUUCAAUCACUCAAAUUGUUAGAUCCAAACAUUACGUUAUGCCACCAGUUCCAAAAAUUCUUCUUUUCCUUUACCGUUUGCUUAGUUUCAAUUUUAUUGGUUUGCUGUUGGUUCGUUGGAUUGUUGUUAUCAUUGCUGAGUCAAGAUUUCCUUUGUUUAAGGGAGAGGGUCCAAUUGCUAAGCUUAUACGUCGGGUUAAUAAAAACAUGGCUGUUAGUCACAUGAAGCAUGCUCCAAAGAAAUACUGGGAUAUCCUUAUUCCAGACUACAAAGUCGGAUGUAAGAGAUUGAUUUUCGAUUACGGUUACAUUCAAGCUUUGAAUGAUCCAAGAAUUGAACUUACUAAUGAACGUGUUGACAGAGUUGUUGAAAAUGGUCUUUAUUUGAAAGACGGAAGAUUCGUCAAGGCUGAUAUUAUCAUUGCUUGUACCGGUUACAAUACUAGAAAGACUUUUGAUCAACCAAUCAAAACUAACAAGGGUGCUUCAUUACAAAAGAUUUGGAACACUGAAGGAGUUGGUGCUUACCGUACCAUCAUGGUUAAAUACCUUCCAAACUUCUUCUUGAUCGGUGGUCCGAAUACUGCCACUGGUCACGCCUCCGUUGUUAUGGCAGCUGAACACGGUAUUGACUACUAUUUGAAGGUUGCCAAGCCCGUUAUUGAAGGUAAAGAAAAGUCCGUUGAAUGUACCCCAGAAGCUUAUGACAAUUGGUUCAAAUUGAUUCAAGACAAAUUGGCCAAGAGUGUGUUUGGUACAGCAUUUGGUGGAUGUGCUUCAUGGUACAGACAAGAUAAGUCUAACUUUAUUACCUAUCCAUUCAGUCAAAUCAACUAUUGGUACAUCACUCACUUCCCUAACUACAAGGAAUUGGUUUACAAGCACAAUAGCAAGAAAACUGCUUAG